ACCACCGCCCAUUCAAGCAAUAGUUCCGGUUCAACAUAUCUGUUUUUUGUUUACGACGUGAGAAGCGCGUCUUCCGUACUGCGAAAAAAUCCGUUCAUUUGGAGCAGAACGCCUUUGUCAGAGAAAUGUCUACUGCACUCGAAAGUUACAUCAAUCGCACAGUUGCAAUUAUAACUUCGGAUGGAAGAAUGAUUGUGGGCACGUUGAAAGGAUUUGACCAGACCAUCAACCUGAUUCUCGACGAAAGCCACGAGAGAGUGUUCAGCUCCACACAGGGAGUGGAGCAGGUCGUUCUGGGGCUGUAUAUCGUCAGAGGAGACAACGUAGCUGUUAUUGGAGAAAUUGACGAAGAGACGGAUUCAGCUUUGGAUUUGGGAAACAUUCGGGCGGAACCCCUGAACUCUGUUGUGCACUGACAAUCGCGUUGAGUUCUUGAAACCUCUCAGCAGUGCGGUCGCGCGAUGCUCCAGGAACCUUUACCCCGCACCACUCACAGCAGCGUGAAAAUUCUGGAACCUCACACAACCGACAGCCGCGUGAAGCCUCAGGAACAUCACACCACUCCAAGAACCGUGGUGUGAAACGCCUGGAAUCUCCAGUUUAGUUUUAGGAAUGUUCUGUAAUCUUCAAGGACUUCACCUGUUAGGAAUUCUGUAUUGCUUUGAGGGGUUAGUCUUAUUUCGAUUUAAUUAAAUGUAUUACGUUCUAUUAUAUGCUGUAAAAUAUUGUUAUAAUCAUCAGGUUAUGAUAUCACUUUGAUAUACCAUUUUGUAAAAAAAAAAAUAAAAAAAAUCCUUGGAUGUCAGUAGGACACUUGUUUGGUAUUCUAAUAUUACUUGUCAUGUUUAAAUAAAAAAAAUGAAAUUAA